GUGACGACAAGUGGGUCGACAAGAUCCUGGAGCUUAUGGAGACCGUGGACGAGUACAUCCCCACCCCUGAGCGUGACACCGACAAGCCAUUCCUGCUGGCCGUGGAGGACGUUUUCUCCAUCUCGGGCCGAGGUACCGUGUGCACCGGCCGCGUCGAGCAGGGCAUUGUCAAGAAGGGCGAUGAGGUCGAGAUCCUGGGCCGCGGCAAGAAGCCUCAGAAGUCCGUCAUCACCGGAAUCCGCAUGUUCAACACCGACCUCCCGGAGGGCCCGGCCGGCUACACGGUGGGCGUGCUGUGCCGCGGUAUCGACAAGGAUGCCGUCUUCCGUGGCCAGGUCAUCUGCGCUCCAGGCGCCACCAAGACCCACACCAAGUUCAAGGCCAACAUCUACUUCGCCAAGAAGGACGAGGGUGGCCGCUCCAACCCUGUGAUGCCUGGCUACAUGCCCGUCUUCUACUUCCGCACCUGCGACGUCACUGGCAAGAUUGAGGGCAUGGGCAACGAGGUCCAGAUGGCCAUGCCCGGUGACAACAUCACCUGCACCUGCGAGCUCAUCGCCGGCACGCCCAUCGAGAAGGGCAUGCGCUUCGCCAUGCGAGAGGCGGCGCGAUUUAUUGUUUAA